AUGAUGAAGACCAUUGUUCGAAUCGUAUUGUUGGCGAUUGCUACUCUAACAUUAGGCGUGACUGGCCAAUUUACAAACUACGAGGAAGGAAGAUUUGCUUUUUCUAGUUCGAGACCUCAGUCUUGUGAAAGAAUCAUUUCCGUCAGCCGAUUCUAUGGCACCUGCUGUUCCUUGAAUGCAACAUUGGCGGGUGGGUGUGUCGUCAACGUCAAGAAUGGAUGGUGCAGAAUUAUUGGACAGUACUGGUCAAACACAUGGAAUUCCACGGAUGAUAGAAUUACAUGUGAUCCAUCUGAAUUUGAAAUUGAAUACAUCUCUACUGAUAGUCCCUCUAUUGCACCGUCGAGACAACCAAGUACAGCGCCAAGUCGUAGCCUUUCCCCAAGCGAGAUUCCUCAACCAUCAUCCAAUCCGAGUGGAAGUGACGAAUUUCUCAGUGACAGUAUGGCAAAUGAGGUUCCAUAUUUUGUAUCGCUGCUUCUUUGCGCAAUCGUUGGGAGCAUCAUGUUGAUGUAG